UCUGUUUUUAACAUGUUCAUUUAUAAAAACCAAUGGAGCACUAUAGCCCAGCUGCCUCCAUCUCUUCUCUCUGUCCUCCAGUCCAAAGAGCUUCAGAUUAAGCGUCAGUUCCAGGACACCUGCAAGAUCCAGACCCGUCAGUACAAGGCGCUGCGCAACCACCUGCUGGAGAACACGCCCAAGUCGGACCACAAGGCCGUGCUGAAGCGGCUGAAGGAUGAGCAGACUCGUAAGCUGGCCAUCCUGGCCGAGCAGUAUGACCACUCCAUCAAUGAUAUGCUGUCCACACAGGCUGUGAGUAAGGCAAGGAAUGAGGCGAGGAAGGAGAUGUCGCAGCUUCACUUCACACUUCGGUCAGAUAGCAACCACCACCACUGGCUGUGCCUGGCCUGGGGGGCCGGUCCUUGCCCGGUCCACCUGCCGCCGACCUGA